CACCGAGGAGAGAGAAAACACAAUAUCAAAGCAGCAACAUACAGAGGUGUGGAGAAGAAAAUAAUAAUUUAAUUAAGAAAAGGGGAAAAAUUCAUUUUCCAUUUCAAAAAACUUCUUCUUCAAUCAAUCAAUCGAUUAAAUCUUUGAUAAUCAGUUCUACAUCUAUUGAUUACUACUCGAUCUACAUCAUCACUUGAUUUUCCAUUUUAGUUAUUUUCUGUGCUUGUUUUGGAUGAAAAGAAAGGAAGAAGAAGAAGAAGAAGAAGAAGAAGGGGAAAGGAUUUUUUGAACAAAUCAUUAAAUGGGGACGCCUGUCAAUAUUGUGUUAGGGUCUCAUGUAUGGGUGGAAGAUCCGAAGUUGGCUUGGGUUGAUGGAGAAGUUACCAAGGUCAAUGGUCAGGAAGUGCAUGUUAAGACUACACAUGGGAAAUCAGUUGUUGUAAAUUUGUCGAAGAUAUUCCCAAAGGAUACUGAAGCUCCACCAGGGGGAGUAGAUGACAUGACAAAGCUUUCAUAUUUACAUGAGCCUGGAGUUCUGCAAAACUUGGCUGCUAGAUAUGAACUUAAUGAAAUCUAUACAUACACUGGUAAUAUCCUGAUUGCAAUAAACCCGUUUCAAAGAUUGCCACAUCUAUACGAUACGCACAUGAUGCAGCAAUAUAAAGGAGCGGGACUCGGGGAGCUAAGCCCGCAUGUGUUUGCAGUUGCAGAUGUUGCAUAUAGAGCAAUGAUCAAUGAAGGGAAGAGCAAUUCUAUUCUUGUUAGUGGAGAGAGCGGGGCAGGUAAAACUGAAACGACAAAAAUGCUCAUGAGAUAUCUUGCAUACUUGGGUGGACGAUCUGGUGUGGAAGGAAGGACAGUUGAACAACAAGUCUUGGAAUCCAACCCUGUUCUUGAAGCAUUUGGAAAUGCUAAAACCGUUAGGAACAACAAUUCGAGUCGUUUCGGUAAAUUUGUUGAAAUCCAGUUUGACAAGAAUGGAAGAAUAUCGGGGGCAGCAAUUAGAACAUACCUGCUGGAGCGAUCUCGGGUUUGCCAAGUUUCAGAUCCCGAAAGAAACUAUCAUUGCUUUUAUCUUCUUUGUGCAGCACCACCUGAGGAAGUUGAAAAAUAUAAGUUGGGGAAUCCUAGAUCGUUCCACUACCUAAACCAAUCUAAUUGCUAUGAGCUAGCUGGAGUAAGUGAUGCGGAAGAGUAUCUUGAAACCAGAAGAGCUAUGGAUAUAGUCGGAAUCAGUGAACAGGAACAGGAGGCAAUUUUCAGGGUGGUUGCUUCAAUUCUUCAUCUUGGAAAUAUUAACUUUGCAAAGGGAAAGGAGAUAGACUCCUCAGAAAUUAAGGAUGAGAAGUCCAGAUUCCAUCUGAAUAUGACAGCGGAACUCCUUAUGUGUGAUCCUAUGAGCUUGGAGGAUGCACUUAUUAAACGUGUAAUGAUAACACCAGAAGAAGUUAUCACAAGAACUCUUGAUCCUGCUUCUGCGAUUGUUAGCAGGGAUGGUUUAGCAAAAACAAUAUAUUCUCGCCUAUUUGAUUGGCUUGUGACCAAAAUUAACAAUUCGAUUGGGCAGGACCCUAACUCCAAGUCAAUUAUUGGGGUUCUUGAUAUUUAUGGAUUUGAAAGUUUCAAGUGCAAUAGUUUUGAGCAGUUCUGCAUCAAUUUUACAAAUGAGAAGCUGCAACAACAUUUCAAUCAGCACGUCUUUAAAAUGGAGCAGGAAGAGUACACGAAGGAGGAAAUAAACUGGAGUUAUAUAGAAUUUGUUGAUAACCAAGAUAUGUUGGAUCUGAUUGAAAAGAAACCAGGAGGUAUUAUCGCACUCCUAGAUGAAGCUUGCAUGUUUCCAAAGUCGACGCAUGAAACAUUUGCCAACAAGUUAUACCAGACGUUUCCUAAACACAAGCGCUUUGCAAAGCCAAAGCUUUCUCGUACAGAUUUUAUAAUAAAUCACUAUGCUGGGGAGGUGACAUAUCAGGCUAAUCAUUUCUUGGACAAAAACAAAGAUUAUGUGGUGGCAGAACAUCAAGAUCUGUUGACAAGCUCUAGGUGCUCCUUUGUUGUUGGUUUAUUUCCUAUACUUCCCGAUGAAUCUUCUUCGUCGAAGUCAUCUAAGUUCUCUUCCAUUGGCUCUCGGUUUAAGCUCCAACUUCAAUCGUUGAUGGAGACCUUGAAUUCCACGGAGCCUCAUUACAUCAGAUGUGUAAAGCCAAACAAUGUCCUCAAACCUGCUAUUUUUGAGAAUUCCAACAUCAUGCAACAAUUACGGUGUGGUGGAGUUCUUGAGGCAAUUAGGAUCAGCUGUGCUGGCUAUCCUACAAGACGGACGUUUUAUGAGUUUCUUAAUCGGUUCGGCCUCCUUGCUCCAGAAGUUUUGGAAGGAAACUACGAUGAGAAGGUCGCAUGCCAAAAGAUUCUGGAUAAGAAGGGACUGAAAGGUUAUCAGAUUGGGAAAACUAAGGUCUUCCUGAGAGCUGGUCAAAUGGCCGAGUUAGAUGCACGAAGAGCAGAGGUUUUGGGCAAUGCAGCUAGGACCAUUCAAAGACAAAUUCGUACGUAUAUUGCUCGCAAGGAAUUCCUGUCACUUCGAAAGGCUGCAAUUCAUGUGCAAUCUCGUUGGAGAGGUAAGUUGGCCUGUAAAAUGUACGAAGAAUUGAGAAGAGAAGCAUCUGCUGUGAAAAUACAGAAGAAUUUGCGUCGAUAUAUUGCACACAAGUCAUACUUGGAACAACGGUCAUCUGCUAUCAAAUUGCAGACAGGCUUACGGGGUAUGGUUGCACGAAACGAGUUCAGGUUUAGGAAGCAGACUAAAGCUUCAACCACUAUUCAGACUCGUUGGCGUUCCCACAGAGAUUAUACAUACUAUAAGAGUCUCCAGAAGGCGGCAAUUAUCACUCAAUGUGGUUGGAGAAGCAGGGUUGCUCGGAGGGAGCUCAGAAAACUCAAAAUGGCUUCAAGAGAAACUGGAGCCCUUAAAGAGGCGAAAGACAAACUAGAAAAGCGCGUUGAGGAACUCACAUGGCGUUUGCAGCUUGAGAAACGGUUAAGGACUGACAUGGAGGAGUCGAAAUCCCAAGAAUUAUCUAAAUUGCAAGACACCUUGCGUGCGAUGGAAUUACAAGUAGAAGAAGCGAAUGCCAUGGUUAUCAAGGAAAGAGAGGCAGCUCGAAAGGCUAUUGAAGAAGCUCCUCCGGUGAUCAAAGAGACUCCUGUUUUAGUUCAAGAUACUGAGAAGAUCGAUUCAUUAACGGCUGAGGUUGAUAGCUUGAAGACUUUGCUGCUGUCGGAAAGAAAGACAGCAGAGGAAGCCAAACAAGAAUUUGCUAUUGCUCAUGCCAAGAAUGAAGAACUGAUGAAAAAGUUUGAAGAAGCAGAGCGAAAAGCUAAGGAGCUUCAAGAUUCUGUGCAGAGGUUUGAAGAGAAACUUUCUAAUGUUGAGUCAGAGAAUCAAGUACUUCGUCAGCAAGCGUUGGCUAUUUCACCAACUAGUAAAUCUUUAUCUACCCGGCAAAACACAACAAUCUUUCAGAGGACUGCAGAGAAUGGAAAUGUUCCACAUGGAGAACCACGAACUCCAGAUAUGAGCCUUGUUGUAUCUAAUCCUCGAGAGCCUGAAACUGAGGAAAAGCCACAGAAAUCUCUUAAUGAGAAGCAGCAGGAGAACCAAGAUUUGCUGAUUAAAUGUAUUUCACAAGACCUUGGAUUCUCUGGUGGUAAACCUAUUGCUGCUUGUGUGAUAUACAAAAGUCUACUUCACUGGAGGUCAUUUGAAGUGGAAAGAACCACCGUCUUUGAUCGUAUCAUUCAGACAAUUGGCUCAGCAAUUGAGGUUCUGGAUAAUAAUGAUACUCUAUCCUAUUGGUUGUCUAAUUCAUCCACAUUAUUAUUGCUUCUCCAACGUACACUUAAAGCAAGUGGUGCUGCUAGCAUGACUCCACAAAGACGAAGAGCAGCAUCUGCUUCUCUUUUUGGCAGGAUGUCUCAAGGACUUCGAGCAUCUCCACAAAGUGCUGGGCUCUCGUUUCUUAAUGGUCGUUUGCUUGGUGGACUGGAUGACUUGCGCCAAGUCGAAGCCAAAUAUCCAGCUUUACUAUUUAAGCAACAGCUGACAGCAUUCCUUGAGAAGAUAUAUGGUAUGAUCAGAGACAAUUUAAAGAAAGAGAUCUCCCCGUUGCUUGGAGCGUGCAUUCAGGCCCCUAGAACAUCUCGUGCAAGUCUGGUGAAAGGGUCGCGCUCGCAAGCAAAUGCAGUUGCUCAACAAGCUUUAAUUGCUCACUGGCAAAGCAUCGUGAAAAAGCUGGACAACUACUUAAAGACAUUAAGAGCCAAUUUUGUUCCUCCAUUCUUAGUCCGCAAGGUGUUCACUCAGAUAUUCUCAUUCAUAAAUGUCCAGCUUUUCAACAGCCUUCUUUUGCGUCGUGAGUGUUGCUCAUUCAGUAAUGGGGAGUAUGUAAAAUCCGGACUAGCUGAGUUAGAGCAAUGGUGCGUUGAAGCUACUGAAGAGUACACGGGAUUGGCUUGGGAGGAACUGAAGCAUAUCAGACAAGCAGUUGGAUUCUUGGUCAUACACCAAAAGCCAAAAAAGACAUUAAACGAGAUCACAAAGGAACUUUGCCCGGUUCUCAGCAUACAACAGCUAUACAGAAUUAGUACAAUGUACUGGGAUGACAAAUAUGGCACCCACAGCGUCUCAUCGGAUGUUAUCUCAAGUAUGAGAGUAUUGAUGACCGAGGAUUCAAAUAACGGCAUCAGCAGUUCGUUCUUAUUAGACGAUGAUUCAAGCAUACCGUUCUCUGUCGAUGACAUCUCCAAAUCAAUGGAACAGAUUGACAUAGCAGACAUUGAUCCUCCACCUCUGAUCCGGGAGAACUCAGGGUUCGUCUUCUUAUUACAACGGGCAGAUUGAUAACUCUCACCUGUGUAUAUAAUUAUAUUCCUCUACCAUUAUCUCGAUGUACAUUGUCCAUCUAGUUGCAUGGUUACUCGGUCCAGGGCACUAUCUUAAAUGCUUCUAGGCCAAUAUUUCUCUUCAUUUACCAUUUGAUUGAUUUUUUUCUUCUUGCACCUCCUCUCCCAACAAGAGGAGGUAUUUGUUUUAGAGGUCAUAUCACUCAGGGUGAUACUGCCGCAAAAUAGAAUCAUGCACACAACAUGCAGUUCAUUUUGUUCUUCCCUUGGCCUUUACGGUUUACGGGUAAAUGUAAUUUUAUACUAGUUAGCCGCAUUUUUUAGGCGCAUUACAUAGUUUUCUUUUUUUCAUUUCUGGAUUUGCAUAUACAUAGUUGAUGUAUGUUGGCAAUUAACAGAGGAUUAGAAAAAGUAGAAUCACAUCAUUUCUGUGUAAUGUUUGUUGUAAUAAUUUUUUAUUUUCAUUCU